AUGGUGAAGUCAUAUCUAAAGUUCGAGCAUUCGAAAACUUUCGGGCUCGUAGCCUCCGCUACGUCAAAUGCGAUUUGGGCCCGCGAUGAUGAGUUCUCUGGCGCUGCCCGCCAGACGGGCUCCGGACGAGCCAUUGUGGGUGCUGGUGAGGAGGUUCUCUGUUGGGAUAUAAAAAAGGGUGAAUUACUUGGGAAAUGGCAAGAUUCUUCGUGCAAAGCGCAAGUUUCUGUGGUCACCCAAAGCAAGACGGAUGAGGAUAUUUUCGCGGUCGGUUACGAAGAUGGCAGUAUUCGCCUCUGGGAUUCAAGGACCGCGACAGUCAUGAUCUCGUUCAAUGGCCACAAAUCUGCCAUUACCCACCUCGCCUUCGAUAGCGCCGGUGUCCGUCUCGCAAGUGGCACAUCGCUACAUUUUCUCGCCCCAUCCAUGGAGUUACUCAAUGCUGCUGGACUGAGUGAGCACGCCGGGUUUCUGUUGACAACUGGCAAAGACUCUCUGAUUAAGGUCUGGGAUCUUUCGUCGCAACAUUGCAUUGAAACCCACGUGGCACAAUCCAACGGCGAGUGUUGGAGUUUGGGUCUCUCUCCUGACCAGAGUGGUUGUAUCACUGCGGGAAAUGACGGCGAGCUCAAGGUCUGGUCAAUCGAUGAAAGCGCUCUGAUUGAAAUCUCAAAAGAGAAAGUUGGAUCGGAGGACCGCAGGAUUUUGACGGAAAGGGGCACAUUCUACCGUAAUGGAAAGGACCGCACCAUUGGAGUCCGCUUCCACCCCCAGGCAGAUUAUAUCGGUAUUCACGGCUCAGAAAAGGCAGUAGAAAUCUGGCGCAUCCGCUCAGAGACAGAGGUCCAGAAGGCUAUGGUGAGAAAGCGCAAGAGGAGAAAGGAAAAGGAAGCCCAACGUGCAGCUGAGAAGGAGGGCACCGUGGCAGAAGCUGAUACUGAGAAACCCGACGAUAUUUCCUCAGCACCGGUCACCGAGGUCUUCGUUUCCCACACCAUCGUUCGAACUGGUGGAAAGGUACGGUCUUUCGAUUGGAUAAGAACAAAGUCGACCCGCAGCAUCCAGUUGGUCGCUGCAACCACUAAUAACCAGCUUGAAGCCUACACUGUCAACACCGCGAAGGGAAAGAAGGACGAGGAUGACGAAGAUUACAGCCGUAACCUGGCAGUCGACAUUCCCGGUCAUCGCACUGAUAUUCGUUCCCUCGCUCUGAGCUCCGACGAUCGGAUGUUGGCAUCAGCCUCUAAUGGCAGUCUCAAAAUUUGGAACGUCCGCACUCAGAGUUGCCUCCGUACCCUAGAAUGUGGCUAUGCCUUAUGCUCGGCCUUCCUCCCUGGAGACAAGAUCGUGGUUGUUGGUAAUAAAGACGGUCAGCUUGAGGUCUUUGACAUUGCGUCCUCGACCCUCCUGGAUACGAUCAAUGCACACGACGGCCCGGUAUGGUCACUCCAUGUUCACCCUGAUGGCAAGUCCGUAGUUAGCGGCAGUGCGGACAAGUCUGCAAAGUUUUGGAACUUCCAGGUCGUCCAGGAAGAGAUUCCGGGCACUAAGAGGACUACGCCCCGGCUCAAGCUGGUGCAUACUAGGACCCUGAAAGUCUCCGAUGACAUUCUCAACCUGCGUUUUUCACCCGACGCUCGACUACUUGCAGUUGCUCUCUUGGAUAAUACGGUCAAGGUGUUCUUUACAGACUCCCUGAAGCUCUUCCUCAACCUCUAUGGCCACAAACUUCCUGUUCUCAGCAUGGAUAUUUCGUACGACAGCAAGCUGAUUGUCACAUGCUCAGCCGAUAAGACAGUCCGCCUCUGGGGCUUAGACUUUGGUGAUUGUCAUAAGGCCUUCCUAGCACACGAAGACAGUAUCAUGGGCGUUGCCUUUGUUCCACACAACCGGGAUGGAAACGGGCAUAACUUUUUCAGUGCUAGUAAGGAUCGUGUGAUCAAGUAUUGGGAUGGUGAUAAGUUUGAGAAUAUUCAGAAACUGUCCGGCCAUCACGGCGAGAUCUGGGCACUCACUAUCAGCCAUACUGGGGAGUUCGUCGUCAGCGCCAGUCACGACAAGAGUAUCCGUAUCUGGGAGCAAACUGAUGAGCCUCUCUUCCUUGAGGAAGAGCGGGAAAAGGAACUCGAAGAGAUGUACGACAACAACCUUGUGGAUGAGGAAGAUGAGGAAGGCGAGAAGGCCGAAGCUGUCGACGCCGGUAAACAGACCAGCGAGACACUCAUGGCGGGAGAACGCAUCAUGGAAGCCCUGGAUCUGGGAAUAGAGGACCUAGAAGUCGUGCGCGAGUGGCGUGCUAUGAAAGCGGUCCAGCCCAACGUUGCGCCCCCAGACCGCAAUCCACUAUACUUGGCACUGGGCAACAUUUCCGCCGAGCAGCAUCUUCUCAAUGUCGUUCAGAAGAUCCCUGCCGCAGCACUCCAGGAUGCACUGCUUGUUUUGCCUUUCUCGAAGGUCCCUGCGCUCUUCACCUUCCUGAACAUCUGGGCCGACCGCGAGUGGAAUAUCUCUCUUACUUGCCGCGUCCUCUUCUUCAUGCUCAAGACCCACCAUCGUCAAAUUAUCGCUAGCAAGAUGAUGCGUCCCAUGCUGGAUAGUAUCCGGUCCUCCCUCCGCCGGGUUCUGACACGCCAGAAGGACGAGAUGGGAUUCAACCUCUCCGCUCUGCAGUACAUUGGCAAUCAGGUGAAGGAACACGGCACCAAGGACUACGUCGAUGAGGAACAGUGGGAGGAACAGCAGCAGACGACAGGAACGGGUAAGAAGCGACAAUUUGUCAGUAUCGCUUGA